AUGUAUACUUUAUGCACUGAGGGCAGGUCAUUACCUUCGGAAUCGGUUGAGUAAGGUGAUAAACUAAUAAUGCUCAAAUAAAAGCUUCUAAAGAAGGAGAAUUUGGCUAAUGCAAUAGCCUUGGAAGACGGUUUGGUUUAUAUUGGAGAGAUGGAAAAAGGUGAAAGACAUGGUUUCGGGAUAUUAAUCUAUCCGAAUGGAUCUAUUUUAGAAGGUAAUUGGAUUAAUGGAAGAGCACAUGGGAUAUGUAGACUACAAUAUAGCCAAGAUGAAUAUUAUUAGGGGAGCAUUGUAAAUAAUAGAUUUCAGGGAUAUGGCGAAUACAUUAAUCAUACUACUUCAAUAUAUAAGGGAUAAUGGGAAAAUAAUGAGAAACAUGGUUACGGAGAAGAAUAUUUCAAUAAUGGGUCCAUCUAUUGUGGUAAUUUCAUCAGAGGAAUGAGAGAAGGAGAAGGAGUGUACCUGUCUAGUAAUGGAUCAAAAUAUUAAGGAUAAUUCAAAUGUAAUCAUAUGGAUGGGGAUGGAAUGAUGUUAUGGAGAGAUGGUAGUUUCUAUUAGGGUGAAUUCUAAAACAAUGAAAUAAAUGGAUAUGGAGUGUAUACCUAUCCUGAUGGGAGUUCGUACUAGGGUUAAUUUUUGAAUGGGAAAAGAAAUGGACAUGGUUGUUUGAUCAGAUACGAUGGAUAUGAAGUGAGUGGGGAGUGGAAGGGAGACAAGUUUUAUAAAAAUUGA